ACUAGAAAGUAGAAAGGAGGAGUAGAAUCUAUUUUUUUCUUUGGAGAGUGACAGUGAGUCCAUUGAAUCAUCAAUCCUCAAACUCUGAGAAUGGCCUAUGACUCCGAAAGUUCGUCUUCCAUGGUUCGUCUAAAUAUCGGAAAAUGAUUUUGCCUUGUCAUUUUCUCACACACAAAUCUUUUUUGGGCUGAUUUUUAUGAGUGAUUUAAAAAAUUUUCUCUAAAGGAGGAAGGAAGUUUUGCACAACACUGGAUACCCUCACACAACGUGAGCCAGACUCGAUGCUCGCUGCUAUGUUUAGUGGUCGUCAUACUAUCUGCCAGGAGUCAGAGAAGGGACACAUAUUCGUUGACAGGGACGGAAAGCACUUCCGCCAUAUCCUUAAUUGGUUGAGGGAUGGUGUAAUUCCACCCCUGAAAGAUUCUGAAUAUGCUCAGCUUCUGCGGGAGGCGGAGUACUAUCAACUCCUUGGUCUAGUAGAUGGAAUUAAAUCUGCCCUAAGUAAGAGGAAGGAGGAUGAGGAGUUGGGUACUGAAUUGACACGCAUUGACAUAAUCAAAUGCAUACAGUCUGACAGAGUCAGAUUUCGGGGAAUUAAUCUUUCUGGUCUUGAUCUUUCGAAGUUGGACUUGUCGUUUGUGGAUUUCAGCUAUGCAUGUCUAAAAACAGUGUUCUUCUCACGUGCCAAUCUUCAAUGUGCAAAAUUCAGGGAUGUCGAUGCCGAAGCUUCCAUUUUUCACAAUGCCACAUUGCGCGAAUGUGAAUUCACUGGAGCAAAUCUUCGUGGAGCUGUAUUAGCUGGUGCUAAUCUUCAAAGUGCAAAUUUACAAGAUGCUUGUCUAAUAGGCUGUAGCUUUUGUGGGGCGGAUCUUCGUUCUGCUCACCUACAGACAGCUGAUCUUACCAAUGCCAACCUCGAAGGAGCUAAUCUUGAAGGUGCAAAUCUGAAGGGUGCGAAGUUAACCAAUGCAAAUCUGAAGGGUGCAAACCUUCAAAGAGCUUAUCUUCGGCAUGUGAAUCUUCGUGAUACAGGUUGCAACAUUUUUAAGGUUUCAUGUAUCACAUCUCAGCAUUUGGAGGGGGCGAAGCUUGAUGGUGCCAAUUUACUGGGUGCAAUCAGGUGACACACAGAUUUGUUCUCAUCCCAAACCUCUACAAAAAGGAUUUGUAUAGCAAUAGUAUCAAGCCUUACAUGUAUUGACCAACUAUUUUAGUUUAAUUUGGUGGUCUAAAUCUCAAUUUAAUUAUCUGUAUGCGUGUAAACCCAAAUUGUUUCAAACCAUUCUGGCCUUGUAAAAAUGUUUAACUUAUCAAAUCUGAGAUGAUCAAACAAGAGGUACUUUCCAAGAAGAAUUGAA